GCGCCCGGCGCGUAAAAGGGGUCGAUGGUGGUGGAGAUGGGCCGCUGCCGCUGUAUAGCGUGCCCAUUUCCGGGGGGUGUUGCACACGGGCCUCUGCGGACUUUCGGAAAUAAAUACCCGCUGCUCGUCGCUCUACGACACAGUUCUACGGACAAGUAUAUACACACCGAACAAGUAGAUCGCUGACUUAUCCGACAAGUAUUACUUGCUACUACAACUCAAUCGCUGCUGUAAUAAACAUCGUUUUUUGCUCAAGAUAAUCAUGGAUAAAAAGGAGUGUAAUUGCCAGGAGUGCGAGUGCUGCGUUGAUUGCGGAACCGGAAACGACUGCAAAUGCAAAGAUGACUGCAAGUGCUGUGGUUGCUGCAAAGGGCAACAAGCCAAGAGCUGCGAGCUCGUGAAGAAAGCCGAGGCCAAGCUGAGCUGCUGCUCUUUGGAAAAAGCAAAGGCUGAUUCGUGCAAGAAAAAGUGCGCUUGCAGCAAGGAUGACUCAUCCUCGUGCCAGUGCUGCGAGGCUUGCGACGAUAAGUCAAAGCCAUGCAGCUGCGGAGACAACUGCCAGUGCUGCAAAUGUUGCAAAGGUGCAGACGCGAGCAAGCUUACCGGCUGCGGCUGCUCCAAAUCUGCUGGCGAUUGCAAGUGCUGCUCUGCGUGCGGUGAUGAUUCUAAAUCAUGCAAGUGCGAGGGUGAAUGCAAAUGCUGCUCUGGAUGCGGAAAAUCGAAGAAAACCGGCUGCGGCUGCUCCAAGGCUGCUGGCGACUGCAAGUGCUGCUCAGCCUGUGGUGAUAAUUCCAAGGCUUGCAACUGUGAAGGAGAUUGCAAAUGUUGUUCUGGAUGUGAAAAAUCCGUGAAAACCGGGUGUGGAUGCUCCAAGGCUGCUGGCGACUGCAAGUGCUGCUCAGCCUGUGGUGAUGAUUCCAAGGCUUGCAACUGUGAAGGAGAUUGCAAAUGUUGCUCUGGGUGCGAAAAGUCUGUGAAGACCGGCUGUGGAAGCUCCAAGUCUACUGGUGAUUGCAAAUGUUGCUCUGCCUGUGGUGAUGAUUCUAAAACUUGCAAAUGUGAGGGAGAAUGCAAGUGUUGUUCUGGAUGUGGAAAGUCGGAGAAGUCUGGAUGUGGAUGCUCAAAGUCAGCCGGCGAUUGCAAGUGCUGCUCAGCUUGUGGUGACGAUUCCAAGGCUUGCAAAUGCGAGGGUGAAUGCAAGUGUUGCUCUGGAUGCGGAAAAUCAAAGAAGGCUGGUUGUGGAUGUUCCAAAUCUGCUGGUGAUUGCAAGUGUUGCUCUGCUUGUGGUGAUGAUUCAAAAUCAUGCAACUGCAAAGGAGAAUGCAAAUGUUGCUCUGGAUGCGGAAAAUCUAAAGAUGUCGUUUGCGGUCGUCGCACCGAGCCCGAGAGCGAGGGCACGAGUUGCUCAAAGCGUACCGGUGGCUGCUGCCAGAAGUGAAUGUAAACGUCAACCAAAUUGACUUGUAGCUAAUUGCAGCACAGCGUCCUGCAUUGUGCACUUUAUUAUACGAAUACUUAUUAUUCCUCACUUUUAUUUGAAAAGUUUGUAGUUUAAUGCGAACACGAUAUUGGGGCUUUGAAUAAAAUAUUAUAAAUUAA